CGCCCGAGUCUGAAACGCCUGAAAUUCCCACGCAAUUUAUUUUUACAAUCCCGGAUUUCUCGCGUCCCGGCGCGCGUUUCGCCCCGUCCAGUUUCCGCCGAACGCGCGCCCCAAAACGCAAACUUCCGCCGCGAGGAUUCCAGUGCUGUUCGUGCUCUUCGACGCGCACUCCGUUCGCUUCUCCCAGGACCUCAUUUGCUUCUUCCAGAUAUGCCGAGACCUUUGUGGCAGGUUGCUGGCAAGCGGGACCCAGAUCAAGAAAGGGAAGCCCAAGAAUGGAUCGAAACAAUAACAGGAGAAAAAUUCCCACCGAACAGGCCGUAUGAGGACACCCUUCGAGAUGGAAUCAUCUUGUGCAAGCUCAUGAACAAACUUCUUCCCGGUAGCAUUCCCAAGAUCAACUACUCAGGCGGUGACUACAAGAUGAUGGACAACAUCAGCAUGUUCCAAAAAGCGUGCAUCGCCUACGGAGUCCCGGACGUAGACCUUUUCCAGUCAGUUGAUCUAUUUGAAAGGAAAAAUAUCGCCCAAGUCACGAUGACGAUUUUCGCUAUUGGCCGAACGGCGUACAAGCACCCAGAAUUCCGCGGACCGUUCCUGGGUCCCCGGCCGUCAGAGGAACAGAAGCGGGAAUGGACCGAAGAGCAACUCCGAGCUGGUGAGGCUGUCAUCGGACUUCAAGCAGGUUCCAACAAGGGCGCUACGCAGGCCGGACAGAGUUUCGGCGCCACCAGGAAAAUCCUCCUGGGAAAAUAAAUCUUGCAUCUUCGUGUCAUCUUCGCUGCCGUCUUGAGGAACGGAACAGUGUGUGUAAAAGUCCUAAGGUGCCAAAUUUCCUCCGAUAAAAUGUUCAUUUUGGAGGAAAGUCAUGCAUAUUUUUCCUUGAAAUUUUCAGAUGAGUUAGAUUAAAGUGCGAACAAUAUAGCCCGAAAAAUUGGUAGGAGAAUAUUCUCAACUUCCAUAGUAAAUUUGUACUUAAAUUUAGUAACGCCUGAAGGUUCAUACGGCGUUUUUCCAUAGCACGGUAGAAUUACGCGAGUCUUAGUACGGCUAUCGAAACAUUUGGCUACCUGGAAUUUGGAAAUCUUAUUAUUUCACAUACUGUUCUCUUCCUUUGUAUUGUACUGUGUCGAUGGUGAAACCGCAAGAGCGUGUAACUUUGUGGCUCAUCAAAAUCCACGCUCUGAUUCUUUUUUCGGCUUAAAAAUGUCGCAGAAUAUUCUUCGUACAAAACAUAAAAAGCACAGUAUUUUCCACUGAAUAGUAUUAAGCAGUGCUCUAUUAUAAAAAAGUAACAAAGGAUGAAAGGAAGUCCACAGCACCACUCAAAGAGUUACACGUUUCUGUAGUUUCACGGUCGACAUGUUGUUGACAUGGAAACGAUCAAACGACAACGAACACCAGUAUUAGAGAACAUUAAACUUUGUGAAUUUGAAGGGAAAGCAUUGCCAUGACAGUUUUUUUGUCAUUUUGAAUUUUUAUUUUUAGUUGAAAAAACAGAGCUGAGAAAUGUUACAAUCAUCGCAUGAAAUUUAAGCUUGCGAUAAUUUACAAUAACUUUCAGCACUGUGAACUCAGGAGAGAAGUUCGACGCAAAAUUGACUUUCUCUCGUCCCUUUCAUAAGUUAUCAUAAAUUUUAGUUUUGAUCGAUUGAAGAAAUUUUUCAGUGUAUACAAACAAACUAGCCACGGUGAUUAGUUGUUAAAAGUUGGAUAAACUUCUCCAAAACUAGUCUCAUUUAUACUGCAUUUCAUUUUUAUUUAAUUUAUUCAUUCAUACAUUGAAUUUUUUUAAACGCAUUCACAUUACGUUGUCUAUACUCGGGUUAAGGGUGCAAUUCUUUUUAAAACGGCUAUAUUCCGAUUUUUAAUUAAUUUUUGAAGUGCAUUAGACAAAUUUGAAUAGAAUUUUUCUCGCUAAUUACGAAGGUACAUCAGUAUGAGCAAAUUAAAAGAGGAUGCUUAAACUAAUUUUAUGAUUAAUUUGACCGUUUAAAGCUUUGUAUCACCUUUGUGUGGUGAUCUCUAGACCCGACACUAAUAUCACUGAUUUAACUUUUGUUUUCCAAAAAAUACCGCACUGUGUCAAAGAUGUAUUUUUAUUCGUUUAUCUGCUUCAAGAUUCAAUUUCAAUAUUUUUUAGUUAAUUUUCUCAUAAUAAAUUAUUUUACAAGAUUUGAA